ACCGAUGACGUUUCCAUUUAAAAGAAAAAAACAUUCAAGAAAAACUUGCGUGUCUUUAAAAUUUGUACGCACAUUACAAAAUUUUCCAAAAUAAAUGGAAUUCUUUCUAGAAACGAAUUUAUUUUAUUGUUGUGACAUAAUUGGCUGAAAUCGUGUCAAGAUGACAAGAAAAAUUCUUAUCCUUUUGUGUUUCCUUGGCGUUUUUAUUGUUUUUGCAAUCGCCCAAAAUAAUAAAAAUGAAUCACAUAUCGUGAACGUAUCACCUUCAGCGCCCACGACGUCAACGACAACGACGACAUCGAACAAAAAUGUAACCCUCGCUUCGUCGAGUACACCUGCACCUGGAAAUUCUUCAAAUGUUUCAUCAUCCACCCCAGAAAUUCCCAAGGAUCCUCAAAAAAUAGACGAGAAUGAUGCGAAAAGUUCCAACACAACACCGACGGCAGAGCCUCCUCUGCCUGACCGUAAGGCUGUGGAGCAAGAACACAACAGUUCUCUGUCGAUAUUUUUCGUGCUCUGCAUAAUCAUCAUGGGCAUCCUCCUGAUUCACUUCAUGCUGCACACAGGCUUCCAGUAUCUUCCCGAGAGCAUUGUUAUUGUUUUCCUGGGGGCUCUGAUUGGACUGUUCCUGAAUAUCAUGAGUGGCGAGAAGACCAGCUGGAAGCGGGAGGAAGUUUUCUCGCCCACCGGAUUCUUCCUUGUCCUUUUGCCACCAAUCAUCUUUGAGUCCGGUUACAAUUUGCACAAGGGUAACUUCUUUCAGAACAUCGGGUCCAUUCUAGUGUUUGCCAUAUUCGGAACAACCAUCUCUGCACUGGUCAUUGGCUCUGGGAUAUAUUUGUUGGGUUUGGCAGAGGUCGCAUACAGGCUGAACUUCUCGGAAUCUUUUGCAUUUGGAUCGUUAAUCUCGGCUGUCGAUCCAGUGGCAACUGUGGCCAUAUUUCACGCCCUCGAAGUCGACCCUGUCCUUAACAUGUUGGUGUUCGGAGAGAGUAUCUUAAAUGAUGCCAUAUCCAUCGUCCUGACGACAAGCAUUUCAGCAGCAGCUCACGGUCCAGCCUCGUCAAACACCAACGCUGGAGAGACGAUAUUGAAAGCCCUUAAAACCUUCUGUGAAAUGUUCUUCGCUUCGGCAGGCAUUGGGGUAAUCUUUGCUUUGAUCAGCGCCCUUCUGCUUAAACACAUCGAUCUGAGGAAGCAUCCGUCUCUGGAAUUCGCUAUGAUGCUGAUGUUCACCUAUGCUCCCUACGUCCUCGCCGAGGGAAUCCAUCUGUCGGGAAUCAUGGCUAUACUAUUUUGUGGAAUUGUAAUGUCCCAUUACACUCAUUUCAACCUGUCCACAGUGACUCAAAUCACGAUGCAGCAAACAAUGAGGACCCUUGCGUUCAUCGCCGAGACGUGCGUCUUUGCUUACCUCGGUCUGGCCAUCUUCUCGUUCAAGCACCAAGUGGAACUGUCCUUUGUCAUAUGGGCCAUCAUCUUGUGCCUGAUAGGACGGGCUUGCAACAUCUUUCCACUGGCUUUUCUAGUCAACAAGUUCCGCGAGCACAAAAUCAACAGCAAAAUGCAGUUCAUCAUGUGGUUCUCAGGGUUGCGCGGAGCCAUUUCCUACGCCCUGUCGCUGCAUUUGGAACUGUCCAGCGACGAAACACGUCAUGUGAUAAUCACUGCAACACUAAUCAUAGUAUUAUUCACAACUCUGGUGUUGGGUGGGUCCACCAUGCCUCUGAUGAAGUACCUGAAACCGGGCAAGAAACUUAGGCGCAGCCAACGCGUCAGCACUUCCGAGGGGCGACGUUCUAGCGGUAGGAAAAAAUCAAAGUCAGUAUCGUUGAGUAAGACUCGUGAAUGGGGCCAAGCUAUCGAUUCGGAACACUUGUCCGAGCUGACGGAAGAAGAAGAAAUUGGAUUCGCCACAACGAGAAUCGCCGGAUUUGGGCGUCUGGACAGAAAGUAUUUCAUUCCGUUCUUUACACGACGUUUUACAACGCAAGAAUUGCACGAUUGCAAGAGUCAGAUGGCCGACUUGACCAAUAAAUGGUAUCAGGCCAUAAGGAUAUCACCUCAGGACUCUGAUAGCGAAGACGAAGAGAUCGGAAUCGGAUCCACAUCUAGCCAAACAAAUUUGCAUCCUAGGUCGUAGGCGCUAAUUUUUUUUGUUUAAAAAGGGAACAAACCAACGCUACUACUGGCUUUUAGUGUGCGCUUAUUUUUUCGUAUUAGAACUUGUAUUAUAUUUUGUAAAUGUUUUUUUCUAUUCCUUUCUUUUGAUUCCUUUAUUUAUUUAUGGGUUUAUUUAAUAAGAUGGUGGAAUGGAUCGCUUUUGAUUGUUUUUUAUUUUUUUUGUAUUUGUUCUUUGUUGCUUAGGUAAAUAUAAAUGUGAUAUAAAAACCAAA